AUGGAUAGUGAAUAUCGCGUCAUUAUAAACGUUGGAGGCGUUCGCCAUGAGACGUAUAAGCAUACGUUGAAAAAAAUACCUGCAACCCGAUUGAGCAGACUGACCACUAAUACCGCUAACUAUGAUCCAGUGCUCAAUGAAUAUUUUUUUGAUCGACAUCCAGGCGUUUUUGCUCAAAUUAUGAACUAUUAUAGAACUGGAAAACUACACUAUCCGUUAGAUGUUUGCGGUCCACUGUUCGAAGAAGAACUAAAGUAUUGGGGUUUGGAUGCUAACGAGGUAGAACCCUGCUGUUGGAUGACCUAUACGCAGCAUCGAGACACACAAGAAGUACUUUCUACGCUCGACAAACUUGAUAUCAAAAUUGAUGAGGAAAGAAAAAACAAUCCCGAAGAAAUUUAUAAAAGGUUUGGUUGGGAGGAUGAUUAUUACAACAAUUCAUUGUCUGCCUGGCAGAAAUUAAAACCGAAACUGUGGAGAUUGUUUGAUGAACCAACAUCGUCAGUUGCUGCGCAGGUGAUCGCCGUAGUAUCAGUAUUUUUUCUUGUUGUUGCUAUCACUGUAUUUUGUCUCAAAACUAGUCCAGGCUUGAGGAUACCGUACCACGUAAAUUCCAAUAAGACUACCCGACAUGCUCGAAGUCCUAACCCCAAAUAUCGCACUGAAGUUAUCGAUCUUAAUGAUCUAAACUCCAAACCUCACCCCGGAUUUAUGGCAGUUGAAACAGUAUGUAACAUAUGGUUUACCAUUGAAAUGCUAGUGCGAUUCUUCACAUGUCCAAAAAAACUCGAGUUUAUCAAAGCACCGGUAAAUAUUAUUGAUCUCGUGGCCACGCUAACAUUUUAUGCAGAUCUUUUAAUGACAAAUUUUGGAACUCGAGCAGAGCUUGAAUUUUUCCCUAUUAUUCGUAUAUUGCGUCUGUUUAAAUUAACUCAACAUUCUAGUGGCCUUAAAGUUUUGAUGCAUACUUUCAGAGCCAGUUUCAAAGAGCUCCUGUUGUUGGUUUUUUUCUUGUUCCUUGCUAUUGUGAUAUUUGCCUCGUUAGUUUAUUACGCUGAAAGAUUUGAGACCAAUCCAGAUAAUCAGUUUCAAAGCAUUCCUCUCGGGUUAUGGUGGGCUGUGGUGACAAUGACAACAAUAGGCUACGGCGAUAUGACUCCUCAUACAUACCUCGGUCGAAUUAUAGGUUCCAUGUGUGCUCUCGCAGGGGUUCUAACAAUUGCCCUGCCAGCACCGGUAAUUGUUAGUAAUUUUUCGAUGUUUUAUUCCCAUACGCAGACGCGGUCAAAAAUGCCAAAGAAAAGGCGAAAUGUACUCAGCAUUGAUGAGGUUAAAAAACCUAUUAUUAUUUUCAAUUUCGUCUUUUUCAUGUAA